AUGAUCGGCACUCUGUACUUCUUAGCACUAUUGAGCUCCACGAUGGCCUCCGGGCUCGUAGGCCUGUGGAAUCAGGGGAUUCCAAAGAAUGAGACAGAAGGUGGAAGUGGGGACAGGUGUACUUGUGAUGCCUUUUUGCCCAGUUCUACCUUUCCUAUUAAAGACCUGGUGGUGGUACAGCAGACAUCAGGGGAGAUCUCACACAAACUGGACAUGGAGAUGGGCAAGCUGGACGAUUACGAGACAAAGCUGACAGCAUAUGCAGAAAAGAUAAUAGAGCUGACAGCAGAAAUAGAAAAAACGGAGAAGAACCCCGAUGGCUACAAAGAUGACAUGAACGAGAUGAAGGUGGAGAUCAAACAAGUGGAGGCUCUGAUUAAAGAGCUGCACCUCUCCACCAGAGGCUCCAUCACUGUCUUUGAGUCUCUGCACGUACAGAUCACAUCCAUGGUGGAGACCCUGACCAAGCUGGAGAAGACCUACGACAAGAACGUGGUUCUGAUGUUGCGUCGGGAGUACGUCAAGGUGCAGCUGCAAGUAGAGGAGUGCGAGAGACGCCACCAGGAGCUUUUCAAUCCCAACAUUGGUUCUUGUGCACACACAGGUAUCAUCAAGGUCAGCAAGCCCAUUGUAAGUCAUCUGAAUGCCCAUCUUAAUACGGCCUACAAAUACGGAGGCUGGGGGAAAGAUUCAAAGCCUGUUCCUGACCGAGCAUCUAUGUACUGGUACUCGGGGUACAGCAGAGGCAUCAUUGUUGACAUCAGGUUCUACACCAACUACAAGAACCUAAUUUUGAGAAAUUACUUCCAGCAUCACAAAUUAAACAGCCACUGGGUUGGCACAGGGAAUAAUUUCAUUAUCCGUGACAACACUCUGUAUUAUCAGAUCAACACGCCGUUCGCGUUGGCCAAGCUGAAUUUCACCACCAUGAAAUAUGAGUCCAGGGUGGUUCCUAGGGCGAGCUCCAGAUUCUCCUACCCCAACUCCCCUAAUCAGAACUUUGACUUUGCGGCUGAUGAAAGCGGCCUGUGGGUGACCUACGCCACAGAGGAGUCCAGUGGUCAUAUGGCUAUUGCUAAAAUAAACGAGCUGUCUUUUGGGCUUGAGGAGGAGUGGCAGACUAGUGUCUACAAACCAGCAGUUAGCAAUGCCUUCAUGGUGUGUGGCGUUCUGUAUGCUGUCAGAACAGUCGAUAUAAAAACCGAAGAGAUAUUUUACAAGUACGACACCAAAACCAAGCAAGAGAGCUUUGUCAGUGUUCCCAUUGAGAGGUUCCAGGAUAAGUUUUCCAACCUGCACUACAAUCCCACUGACCAGAAGCUCUACAUGUACAAUGAUGGCUACUAUGUUAACUACCAUCUGUGGUUCAACCACACUGCUAAAGCCGCUGUGAAACCAUCACUUUUCCUGUUCUAA